AUAUGUUACCGGUGAGACAAAAAGACAACCUCAACCGAUGCUUCCUCCCUAAAAAAAUGGAAGUCAGAAAAUUCAAUGGUGAUUGCUUGGCUUGUAAAUCCCAUGAAGCCCUCCAUCGGCAAGACCUAUCUAUUCUUGCCAUUAGCAAAAGAUGUUUGUGAAGCUGUCCGUGAAACAUAUUAUGAUAUUGAAACUCCUCUCAAAUAUUUGAGAUUAAGACUCGGCUAUGGCAGAUGAAGUAAGGGGAGAGAGAGGUCACGAUUACAUGGAGAAGACAACCCUUUGGCAAGAACUCGAUCUGAGUUUCGAAGAAGAAUGGAAGUGCACUGGCGAUAGUGUGCGAUACAAGAAGCGACUCGAAAAUGAAAGAGUUUUUGAAUUUCUUGUAGGUCUUAACCAAGACCUGGAUGAUGUUCGCGGAAGAAUUCUUGGCCGACGUCCCCUGCCUUCAACACGCGAAGUCUUCUCAGAGGUGAGGCAAGAAGAAAAUAGGCGUAAGGUAAUGCUGAAGGAGAUUUUCUCUACUGGACAUAUUGGACCUGAAAUGUCUGCCUUGGUGUCUUGGGGCACUCUUUCUAGAUCAGGUUCAAGACAAGACACGGGAAAUCAUCUGACUGGAAACCAAGUCAGAACAACCGAAACUGUGGUUACCAAGUUGCUGUUGAUCAUCAAAUCGAGCAACCUCAAGGAGAAAAGAGCCAAAAUCCCACUCCAACCAGUGCGUUUAACGCUGAACAGUUGGAGCAACUUUAUAAAAUAUUUUCUACCCUUCAUGCAUUGGGUCAGUCCUCCACAAGUGCCUCUUCUGGUUCUUUAGCACAUAGAGGUAAUUUUUUGAAAUCCUUAAGUAUCAUCUCUUAGCACAAAACUCCUUGGAUUAUUGAUUCUGGUGUCUCUGAUCAUAUGACUGAUUCUUAUCAUCUUUUCUCCUCAUACUCACCUUGUGCUAGAAAUCUAAAAGUUAAAAUUGGAGAUGGCUCACUCUCAUCUGUUGCAGGCAAAGAGAGUAUCCAAAUUUCUGACUCUAUAACACUAGAAUCUGUUCUUCAUGUCCCUAAUUUAUCAUGCAAUUUGUUAUCUAUUAGCCAGUUGACAAAAAACUCCAAUUGUUCAGCUAAAUUUCUUCCCUCUCAUUGUGUCUUUCAGGACCUAUCAUCGGGGAAGACGAUUGGCAGUGCUAAGGAGUCAGAGGGGCUCUACUACUUUGAGGAGGCUAUUAUGAGCGAGCAAAGUCAAAUUGUUAUUUGUGAUUCUGCAUCUAUUCCUAAGCAUAGUGAACUUUUGUUAUAGCAUUCUAGAAUGGGUCAUCCUAAUUUUCAGUAUUUGAGACUCUUAUUUCCUUCCAUUUGUUCGAAUAAAACGUCUCUUGAUUUUCAAUGUGAAAUUUGUGAACUUGCUAAACAUCAGCGUACUUCUUUCUCAAAAUCCAAAUACAAACCAUCCAAACCGUUAACUAUGAUUCACAGCGAUUUAUGGGGACCUUCCCGUACUCUUAAUCGUUCCCAUACAAGAUGGUUUGUUACUUUUAUUGAUGAUUAUACUCGUAUUUGUUGGGUUUACCUGUUGAAAGACAAAACUGAAGUUCGUUCUGUAUUUAUCAAUUUUCAUUCCAUGAUUCAAACACAGUUCCAAACAAAAAUUCAAAUUCUUCGUACUGAUAAUGGCACAAAAUAUUUCAAUAGUAUCUUGGAAAAUUAUUUUCAAUAGCAUGGGAUAAUUCAUCAAAGUUCAUGUGUUGACACCCCCCAACAAAAUGGGUUUGCCAAACGAAAAAAUAGACAUAUUCUUAAAGUUGCUCAUGCGUUGAUAUUCACUACAAACAUGCCAAAAAUAUUUUGGAGAGAUGUCAUCUUAACAGCUAUAUAUCUCAUUAAUAGAAUGCCUAGUCGUGUCCUUUCAUUUACAACACCUCUAAAAAAAUUCCAGGAAUUUUUUCCUACCUCUCGUCUUAGCUAAAGUCUAUCUCUCAAAGUGUUUGCUUGUACAGCCUUUGUCCAUGUUCAUGAUCACCAUCGGAAUAAACUGGACCUUAGAGCUCUUAAGUGUGUUUUUAUUAGCUA